ACCUUAUCAUUUCUCUCUCUGGUGAAAAGUCAGCGCCUUCUUUUGUCUUUUCUCUCUCUCAGCAAAGCGCAUACGCUGCAGAGUUUGUCUCCAUGGCCGAAGAUUGGGAUCUACAUGCGGUGGUCAGAGGUUGCUCCACCGUCACAUCAUCCGCCGUGUCGUCUUCUUCCUCCUCCUCCUCUGGUUUUGCCUCUUGUUACUUCCACCCCGAAGGUGUUUCCUCCUCCUCUUCUUCUUCUACCUUUUCUAUCUUCAGAGGCGAACAAGGAAGCCAGGUUCUGUCGCUUUCUGCGUACCCCUUUGAGGCAAGGAGCCCCAUUGAGGAGCUGCAUGAGCUUUGCAGGCCUUUCUUCUGCAAAUCUCAGCCUCUCUCGUUGCAAGCCUCUUCUCCCUUGUCCUCGCUCUCUUCCUAUUCUUCUGCGCCUCCCAAAACGGUUUCAUCUCAAGAGAAACAACACCAACAGCGAAACAAGCAGCCGCUCUCUGUCACCACCCCACGAUCUAAAAGAAGGAAGAACCAGCUUAAGAAAGUGUGUCAAGUGCCUUUUGAAAAUCUCUCCUCGGACAUAUGGGCAUGGAGGAAAUAUGGCCAGAAACCCAUAAAGGGGUCUCCUUAUCCAAGGGGUUACUACAGAUGUAGCAGCUCAAAGGGGUGUUUGGCAAGGAAACAGGUUGAGAGGAACAGAUCAGACCCAACAAUGUUCAUAGUGACAUACACUGCUGAGCACAACCACCCUGCUCCUACACACAGAAACUCUCUUGCUGGUUCCACACGCCAGAAGCCAUUGGUACCUCAAACUGUCACAACCGAACAAGACUCUGAGAAGAGCAAGAGCCUCACAAAACCCUCUUCCCCUGCAACCUCAGGGGCAGAGGAAGAAACUCCAGCACAAGUGGAAAAGUCUGAGAGCAGAGAAGAGAAAGAGGACGUGAUGGAUGAUGAGGAAGAAGAUGAGUUUGUUUUGUCUGACAUGGUGCUGACAGAUGAUUUCUUUGAGAGCUUGGAUGAGCUGAGUCAACUCACUGCCCCUUCUGUUGUCACAGGAGACUGCUUCAGUGACCCCUUUUCUGCUACUGCAAUCCCUUCUUGGGUGGCCAGUGCUGGUGGAUGCAUAUGAUUCUUUUGGUGACACAAUUGUUUCAUGCUUUUCAUUGAUGACAAUAGGGACCUUUUUUUCAUCUUUGUUUUUUGUUCUUAGAGGAAAUGGAUAUGGAACAUUUUGGAGGAAUCUUUACUAACAAUGGUUUGUGAAGGGGAGGAAAUUUUUUUUCCCAAGUAGAGUAGCAAGUAGUAAGAUAGAUAGAUGAAGCAUUUGUAAUCUUAGCAUGAUCAGGGAUUCAUAGUUUUAUGCAUUAGGUAUGUUAAUGUAAAAACAAUGUUGAAGUUGUGAUUGAGUUGAAUGUAUUUGAAUUUUGAUAUAAAUUGGAAAAGCACUUUUGGGUUGA